AUGACGGACCCAGCAGAGGAAAAGGAACAGCAACAGGAGCAAGAACAGUCCAUAACACCCCUCCAAACGCUGGAGGACCCUCUGAUAUCAGAAUCCAGCGCCAGCGCACCUGUCAACCUGCCCCGCAUCACAAUCACAUAUUGCACACAAUGUAAAUGGAUGCUUCGAGCUGCCUAUUUCGCUCAAGAAUUACUCUCCACCUUCUCAACAGAUCUAGGCGAAGUAUCUCUCAUCCCAUCGACGGGCGGAACAUUCACUGUCUGCAUACUAUAUGCCUCCAACGUGAAUUUCACCACUCACACAAGCACGCUGUGGGAUCGGAAAGUCAACGGGGGGUUUCCUGAGACGAAACAGCUCAAAGCCCUGGUAAGGGAUAUUAUUGAUCCGUCGAGGGAUUUAGGGCAUAUCGAUCGUGCUUUGAAGGGGCGGGUUGGUGGUGGCGGCAGCGGCAGCGGCGGGGGGGAUGGUCAGGAACAGGUGCAGGUGCAGGGCCAGGGACAAGGUCAGGGCCAGGGACAGGCCGACGAUAGCGAGUCGAAGGGGUGUGAAGAGUGUUAA